AUGGGCGCUUUCCGAAGCAGGAAGCUGUUAUGGCUGGCACUUCUUGCGGGCGUCCCAGCCCCACGCCAGCGCGCUUUCGUGGUUGGCACACGGCUCUGGCACAUGCCAGCCAUGGGGGCAUCUACUGACAGGCCGAGGCCGGUGAGGCGACAGGCCAAGCAGGCCGAGCUCCCCAAGAAGUGGCCAGGAGCCAGUGUAGGAGCGGUUGGCUCGGUGAACAACCUGCUCCUCCUCGUCACUGCACUGGGCUUCCAGGCUCUCAGAAGUCGGGCAGCACUGGGGUGGUGGCUUGGGCUGGCAGUGCACAUGGUCGCCACCUCCACCAUCUGUUCUCUCCCCUCCCCCCGUGCGGUUCCUGCAGGCCUCCGCGUCGAAGCGCGGUCGAACCUGGCAAAGUCCUACAUCGCUCAAGCGAUCCUUCUCGCCAUGGCGAUCACAAGCCAGAAUCCCAUCACUGCGCUGGUAGCGCAAUGCCUGCUGAUCUCUCUUGUCGUCGCGACCAGCAUCCAGUUUGACUGGCCCGACCCGCCGCUGCUCAAAGAAGCGCCGGCGCUGGUCUUUCCAGGUGCGCUGCCUGCCCACCUCAGCGAGGAGAGCGAGGAGAGCGAGUUACCACCUGCAGAGCCACGAGGUGCGCUGC